AUGGAGGCUGCGGUAGCAGCAGACCUGACGGUAAAAGGCGCUCUAGCAGCAGAUGCCGAAGACUUUGAGGCGGCCAGCGAUGAGGAGCCCAGCAGCGGCGACGGCGACGCCAGCGGCAGCGAUGGCGGGGAGCCUGAGGCCGCGAGUAGCUCUGGUGGAGAGGAGGAGGAGGAGGGCGCAGAUGAGGGCAGCGAGGGCUGGAGCGAUGAUGAGCUGGAGGCCGCCCCUCCUGGCAGCGGCAGCGACGCCGAGGAGGAGGGGGAGGAGGGGAACGCGGGCGCAGGCGGCGGCGGCGGCAGCAGCGACAGCGACAGCGAGGGCGGCGGCGGCGGCCGGCAGCAGCAGCGCGAUGCCGGCUUCCUGGAGGGCGGCAAGUCGGCUUCCUUUGCCAAGGCCUUUGCCAUGAUCCUGGAAGGCAGCGGCAAGAAGGCGGCGGAGGCCGCGAGGCCCACGGCGGCGGGGGGUGCUGCCGUGGCGCCCAUCCUCGCCACCAGCAAGUCGAUCGCCAAGCGCAAGGCGGAGGACGCGGAGGAGCAGCAGGCGGACCGGGAGGCCAAGAAGCUGCGGCAGGAGAUGAAGAAGCGGGGGCACGUGGUGCCGCGGCGGCGCGGCCAGGACCCCGCCGCCGACCAGCAGGACAAGGCGCUGGCGCGGCUGGCCACCAAGGGCGUGGUGCGCUUGUUCAACGCCAUUGCCAAGGCGCAGAAGCAGCUGCGGGAGGCGGAGGAGGCGACGGGCAGCCGCGUCCAGGCGGUCAAGCUGGGCAAGGCCUCGUUCCUGGCGCAGCUCAAGCGCAGCAGCGGGGUGCGGGCGGAUGGCCAGCCCGACCAGCCGCUGGUGCCGUCGGCGCCGGCGCGGCAGCAGGGCGCGGCUGCGGCCGCGGCGGCGCCCGCGGCCGGCAAGAAACAGCAGCAACAGCAGCGGCGGGCGGCGGCGGCGGCGGAUAGCAGCAGCGAGGACGAGGAUGCGGGAGGCUGGGAUGUUCUGAAGCAGGGCUUUGUGGGCUUGCAAGGCGGCAACAAAAUGAAGGAUUGGGACAGGCAGGCGAGCGAUGAGGAAGGGGAGGCUGGCGGCAUGGGCGGCAGCAGCGACGAUGAGUGA